AAAGAGUUUGAUUUUGCAUGAAAAAUUAUUAUUUAUAUAACGUUAGAGUGAAAAAGUUGUUCAAUCAAACUUGGGUGGGAACAUGUGAAUUACUCGUUAAGACAAAGUUGGCCUAAAACUGUUAUCAUUAUUAUUGUUAGUUUGUUUAAUAGUGGUAACUCAUGAAUGAGGCUGUUGAACUCGCUUAUUGAGAGUUCAGCGAAUGCCUUGUACAGGGUUUCGACAACCCAUUGCUGGGUUCUGAAGUUAGGAACUAUUUCAGACGUUUACACGGCCAAUAAAAUCAUUAGUGGGUGCGUAAAAUGCAAGGAGUUAAGCUUUGCUUACCGACUGUUCGAAGAAAUGCCUCACAGGGACACUGUUUCUUGGAACACGAUGAUCGCUGGGUUUGUAAACUCUGGGAACUUAGAGAUCGCUUGGGACUUUCUGAAAACCAUGAGGAAAUGUGGGUUGUGUGCUGAUGGUCGUACCUUUGCAAGUAUACUUAAAGGUGUUGCUUGUGACUUGAAACUUGAUCUUGGGCAACAAGUACAUUCAUUGAUUUUUAAGGUGGGUUAUGAAGGAAACGUUUAUGCAGGGAGUGCUCUUUUGGAUAUGUAUGCAAAGUGUGCGAGGGUUGAUGAUGCAUAUUUAGUAUUUCAGUGCAUGCCAGAGCGUAAUUAUGUCACUUGGAAUGCGUUGAUCGCUGGGUUUGCGCAAUUGGGAGAUCGUGAGGCUGUGUUUUGGCUGUUACAUUGUAUGGAGAGGGACAGUGUGAGGGUUGAUGAUGGCACAUUUGCACCACUUCUUACAUUGCUUGAUGAUGUUGAGUUUUAUAGAUUAACCUUGCAGAUUCAUGGUAAGAUUAUGAAGUAUGGUCUGGAAUUUGAUAAUAUUGUUUGCAAUGCGAUGAUCACUUCCUAUUCAGAAUGUGGUUCCGUUGAAGAAGCUAAAAAAGUUUUUGAUGGUGCUGUUGGCACCCGGGAUUUGGUUACAUGGAAUUCUAUGCUGGCUGCUUAUUUGGCACAUGAUAGAGCAGAACUUGCUUUUAAGCAUUUUCUUGAUUUGAAAGAGAUUGGAUUGGAUCCUGACAUGUAUACUUGUAGUAGUAUCAUAAGUGCAUGUUUUGAAGAAUCACAUAAAAAACAUGGAAAAUCCUUGCAUGGCUUGGUGAUAAAAAGGGGAAUGGAACAGUCAGUCUCCAUCUCCAAUGCACUUAUAGCCAUGUAUCUAAAAUCAAAUAAUAAGUCUAUGGAAGAUGCUUUGCAUGUAUUCAACUCCAUGGAGUCCAAGGAUCGUGUCUCUUUGAAUUCCAUAUUGACUGGAUUCUCUCAGUUUGGUUUCAGUGAAGAUGCAUUGAAGUGUUUUGAUCAUAUGAGAUCUUCGCUUGUCGAGAUUGAUCAGUAUGCCUUUUCGGCUGUACUUAGAUCUUGUUCAGAUUUAGCAAAUCUCCAGCUGGGUCAGCAGGUUCAUGUCUUGGCAAUUAAAUCAGGUUUUGAGUCAAACGAUUUUGUUGCUAGUUCAUUGAUUUUCAUGUACUCCAAAUGUGGGAUAAUUGAAUAUGCUCGUAAAUCCUUUGAAGAGACGUCCAAAAGAAGCUCGAUUACUUGGAAUUCCAUCAUUUUUGGGUAUGCACACCAUGGACAGGGAAAUGUUGCACUUGAUCUCUUCUUCCAAAUGAGAGAGACAAAAGUGAAACUGGAUCAUAUAACCUUUGUUGCAGUUCUAACAGCUUGCAGCCAUAUUGGUUUGGUAGAACAAGGACAAUAUUUCCUUAAAUCAAUGGAAUCACAUUAUGGCAUUCCACCUCGUAUGGAGCACUAUGCUUGUGCCAUUGAUCUCUUUGGACGUGCUGGUCAACUGCAUGAAGCAAAAGCACUAAUUGAAUCAAUGCCAUUUGAGCCUGAUGCAAUGGUGUGGAAAACUUUUCUGGGGGCCUGUAGAGUUUGUGGCAACAUUGAACUAGCUAGCCAGGUAGCAACCCAUCUGCUGGAGAUAGACCCUGAAGAGCAUUGCACUUAUGUUCUGUUAUCCCACAUUUAUGGGCAUCUUAAGAGAUGGGAUGACAAAGCCAGUAUUGCAAGGCUAAUGAGGGAAAGAGGAGUGAAAAAAGUCCCCGGUUGGAGUUGGAUAGAGGUUAAAAGUGAGGUUCAUGUAUUCAAUGCCGAAGAUAGAUCCCACCCUCAUUGUGCUGAGAUAUACAACAUAUUGGGAGAAUUGAUGGAUGAAAUCAAAUGGCUGGAUUUUGAUGCUAGUUUAGAUGUUUUGGUGCAUGAUUUCAAUGAACGGAAAGGAAAACGAAAUAAUCAUUUUGUUAUGUAGAGAGAGGAAAUAGCAUCAAACCAGUGCAAAUAUAUAUUUCUAAUUGAGAUUUUCUAUUACUAUAAUGUGAUUCAUUUUUUCAUCUGUGUAGGUAUUGUUAACUUAUUUCAUUAGGCUGCUGUGUAUCUGAGCUUAGAUGUCCUCGUAGGAUUAAAAUUGGACCCAGUUCUAGUAAAUAAACUACUGUAUUACUAAGUGCACUCGAUCAUAUAUUUUAUGUCUUUUUUAACCUGUUUUUCUUUGAACAGAACACCACAGCUUUCAUUUUGACAGAAUUCCAGGCUGAAACUAAAGCCAAUGUAAUCAUGAGGGACAUUAUGACAAUCGUCAUUGAACAAGGUUGAGGUUGAGGUUGAGGCAACAGCUUCUCUUAUCAGCAUUGAUCUCUCUGAACUUGAUAUCGAUUCUAUGCAACUUCCCCCCAGCAAAAUUUGUGGCACCAUUAGGUGAUUUAUGUGUGAUUCAAUUAUUCUUUUGAGUGGUGAUGAUGACGAUGUAUGUGAAGAUGAUGAUCGGGAACUUGAUAAUGUCAUUGUUGUUGAUAAGCUACCUGUUGUUCCUGCAGAAAAGUUGGAUGGAGGAGCUUGAGGGUGUUAUUCUCAAGAUGUGUAGUGAUAUUAAGGAGGAGAAUCUGUGGAUGCCUGUUGACUCUGAGACCCAGAACACUAGUGCUUCAUUGAGUAUAGUACCCUGCAGCAGGAAUUGUUUGAUGGAAUUGACAACCACAAAGUGCGAUGGGUUAAUUGCUAUGUCAAAGUGUGAGGUUGUGGGACCUCAUUCCUUGAUUAGUAGGCGGGGGAUGGCAUGGCAGUAACACCACCAAACUUAUAAUCAUCGGUUUGAGCUUAAAAGAUAAAAAUUCUAUCUAUAAACACAUUAUAUUCUUAUAUUAGUAAUAACAAUUCAAUCAUUGUAUUGUAAUCAAAGAGGAGGAGAGGAGAUGAGAUGAGAUAUUAGCAAAUUAAUAUGAGUUUUUUGUUGUGUUCUCAAUACUGCUUGUUUGGACUUAUCAUGUAUGUAUGGUGUGUAACUUAUAUAUGCUUUGCUUUGCAUUGCAUAUAGGUACUUAAUGACGUUUUAUUAUAU